AAUUAAAAUAAAUAAAAAAUAUAUAUCACCUCUGUUUUUUUUUUUUUCAUCACUGCCAAUAUUGUCGUCACUUUUUUCAACAAUAACCAUAUAUUUAUUUGUUUAUUAUAAACAAUAAAAUUCAAGAUCUAAUUGGCACAAGUUGGAUCUAUCAACAUGGCAAAAGUGGAUCCAAUUAGUAGAUUUAUUGACUCAAUAUACAGUGUUCUUGAAAAACCUGUCAUCUUUUUCCGAGAAAAAAUUGUUGAACCAAAUCAACAACAGUAUCCAUGGUACCACAGAAAAUAUCGUCGUGUUCCAACAAUUGAUGAAUGUUACACUGAUGAUGUAGUUUGUCAUUUUGAAGCUAAUAAUCAAUAUACAAGAGACAAGCUAGUUGACAGUGAAAUUUUGUCAAUUUUAAGACAGAGACAUGAAGAUUGUCAAAUUUACAAUUGGGAAGACAGAGAUGUCUGUGAUCAUUUGUACGAAAUUUAUGAACAAAAUGCUGCAAGUUACAUGGCUAAACAUGGUGAUUUAGGAGCUUAUCCAAAUGUUCGUAAUGCUUUUAUGAAGCAAAAACAUCGUAUGAUCUGGGAAAGAAGGCACGGUCCAGUUGGUACAGGAAUGAAAAAUCAAGAAAAUGUAAAAACAUAAUUUAAUUAUAAUUAUGUAUACAAACGUAAUAUUAAAACUGUAGAUAAUAACCAAGAACAAAUAAUUGUCACGAUAUUAAUUAUUAUUGUCAAUGGCAUUUUGAUAAACCUGAAAUAAAUCAUUUUUGGAUUUAAUAAAAUGUUAUACUCCUACAAUUGUUCAAAAAAAAAAAUUAAUUCUUAUUAUUUUAAAUCACCUUCAUUUACAAUUAUUUAUAAUUUAUUUUUAAUGUUAUUUAAAAAGUGCAAAGAAAAAAUAACAACAUUUAUUAUUUGCUCUCAUUUAAAUAUCCAAAUUUUAUUUUAUUUUUUUUUUUUUAAUUUCAAAUUUUAUAUUCAUUACAAUCAGCAGUUUUAAUUCUUUCAAUAUUUCACUUGUUCGUUAUGACAAUAAAACAUUUAAACAUGAAUUACUUGAAAUUAAAUAUUUAAUUUCAAAUUUACUAUGUCAUCAAGACAAUAUUAUUUGUUUUUUUUUUUUACAUAAAUUCGUUGUUGGGUUUAUUCACUGAUUAAAUCAAACGAGAAAAAUUCAUAUAAAAUUUGUUUUAUCAAGCAGAAAAAAAAAAAAAA